AGACGUGCGACACAAGUUGAUGCCAUGAUAUCGAUGUCCGUCCGUCCGCAUGAAUUCAAUGGAUAUGUACAACCAACCAGCACUACACACGACACACACAUACAGCACACUGACAACCACUGAAAAACAACCCACACCUUUGCUGCUCGGCGGACUAAUUAACUGGCAGACGCACACGUCCACACACACACUCACACGCGGCCCCUCUUCUUCUCUCCCCGCCCAGCCCAUCCUGUGGUCAUCUCUCGGCCGUGCUGCUGCUGCGUGUCCCCCCACCCGCCCCACCGGGAUCGCUCCCGCCGCCCUGCCCACCCGCCCCAUGGCCCCUCUCCCUCACCACACCCCCCGUGGCGUGGCUGUCACUCUGUUGUGUGGACGAGGAAAUGGUCGUGACGGGCACAUUGGCAGGGCCGGCAGUGGUGGGUAGCCGGGCAUCGUCAGCAGUGGGGGGCGGGGAGAGUGAGGUACCGGCGGGGCGCACCUUAAUCUCGCUGUACCACGCCUGCACAUACAGAAGGGGUAAGGUGUCUGGUGUGGCGGCUGUUUGGUUGGCUUGGUUGGCUUACGGCGUUCUUUCGGUGUUCGAUGAUCUCAGAGACGACGAUCCAGAGUGACAUGCCGACCACAAUGAGCACCACCGCCAGCAGGACGUGCAGAUAAACCGUCAAGGCACGGAUCGACGCCUCGUAAAACGUCUAGACAGACAGACCACACAUCACACAUGGAUAAAUGGAUGGAUGGAUGGAUUCAUGGAAGCCGGGUACUGCACUAGUGGCACACACCUUGGCUGCGCCGAGUUGUGCGGUUUCCUUGGCGGCGGCCUCUCUCCGCUGCUUGUCGGCCCUCUUGGCAUCGUCAUAGGCUCGGCUGGACACGCACACGCACACACAGACGCGACCAAUGUCUGUCUGUCUGUCUGUCUGUUAUUCUGUCUGUCUGUCCGUUUGGCAUAUUUGCUUACGCCAUGACUUUCUGUCUGUGCCUCUUGAGAGUGGCCACGGCCCACUUCUUCAGUGCAGUCGCCUCACGCUCCUCGUCGUACACAUACCGAUCGCCAUCCACCGCUCUGUAUUUCGCGACAGCACAAUCAAUCAGACGUGUGCAUCCCUAUUUGGCUGCUGCACUGUUGGCAGCGUACAGUAUGAGUGUUGGGUAUCCCUCGACGUGGUAGUCCUCACAGAUCUCCCGGUACUUGUCGCAGUCCACCUCGCCCACAGAGAAGUCCAAACGCUCUGGCACACACACACACACACAGACACACACACACAGACGCACCUUCACGUGUGCCGCCUGUGUGCCCGUUCGCUGACGCACCUCUGUGGACCUCUUCGGCGAGUUGGUCCCAGAUGGGAGCCAGCUUCUGGCAGUGGCUGCACCACUGACACAUACACAAACAACACACAGACUCAUACAGACGGCCACACGUGUGUGUGUGCGAAUGAGUUUGUGGCUGUGACUGACCGGUGCGAAGAAUUUGACAAAGUAAGGUUUGUUCUUGAGGUGCUGCUCCAUGUUGUACUUGUUCAGCACCACCGUCCGCCGCACCGCUACAGCCACCUCACACCAUCCCAGACACAGCAACAGCAACAGCAGCACAGCCGAGGAAGCAGCCAAGCCAAGAAAGCCGAAACUACGGUGAAAUGGCGUCAUUCUGUGAUGCGCGAGAGUCCUCACGAACUCCUUGCUCC